AGCGCGGCGCCGGCGGGGGCGGCCGGGCGCGGGCGGGCGUGCGUGCGAUGGAAACGCACAUCUCGUGCCUGUUCCCCGAGCUGCUCGCCAUGAUCUUCGGGUACCUGGAGGUGCGCGACAAGGGCCGCGCGGCGCAGGUGUGCACGGCCUGGCGGGACGCCGCCUACCACCGCUCGGUGUGGCGGGGCGUGGAGGCCAAGCUGCACCUGCGCCGCGCCAACCCCUCGCUCUUCCCCAGCCUGGCGGCGCGGGGCAUCCGGCGGGUGCAGAUCCUGUCGCUGCGGCGCAGCCUGAGCUACGUGGUCCAGGGCAUGGCGGACAUCGAGAGCCUCAACCUCAGCGGCUGCUACAACCUCACCGACAACGGGCUGAGCCACGCCUUCGUGGCGGAGAUCAGCUCCCUGCGCUCGCUCAACCUGAGCCUCUGCAAGCAGAUCACGGACAGCAGCCUGGGCCGCAUCGCCCAGUACCUCAAGGGCCUGGAGGUGCUCGAGCUCGGAGGCUGCAGCAACAUCACCAACACCGGCCUCCUGCUCAUCGCCUGGGGCCUGCAGCGCCUCAAGAGCCUCAAUCUGCGCUCCUGCCGGCACCUCUCCGACGUGGGCAUCGGGCACCUGGCGGGCAUGACCCGCAGCGCGGCCGAGGGCUGCCUGGGCCUGGAGCAGCUCACGCUGCAGGACUGCCAGAAGCUCAGCGACCUCUCGCUCAAGCACCUGGCCCGCGGGCUGGGCCGCCUCCGCCAGCUCAACCUCAGCUUCUGUGGGGGCAUCUCGGACGCAGGGCUGCUGCACCUGUCGCACAUGAGCAGCCUGCGGAGCCUCAACCUGCGCUCCUGUGACAACAUCAGCGACACUGGCAUCAUGCACCUGGCCAUGGGCAGCCUGCGGCUGUCCGGCCUCGACGUCUCCUUCUGUGACAAGGUGGGGGACCAGAGCCUAGCCUACAUCGCACAGGGCCUCGAUGGGCUGCGCUCGCUGUCCCUCUGCUCCUGCCACAUCAGUGACGAGGGCAUCAACCGCAUGGUGCGGCAGAUGCACGGGCUGCGCACCCUCAACAUCGGCCAGUGCGUCCGCAUCACCGACAAGGGCCUGGAGCUCAUCGCCGAACACCUCAGCCAGCUCACGGGCAUCGACCUCUAUGGCUGCACCCGCAUCACCAAGCGGGGCCUGGAGCGCAUCACCCAGCUGCCCUGCCUCAAGGUGCUCAACCUGGGACUUUGGGAAAUGACUGAGAGUGAGAAGGUCAGGUGAGAGGAGGAGGAUGGUGCCCUGAGACCUCCAUCUCCUCUGGAGGGACUCACUGACUGACUGACUGCUGCAGAGGAGGAGAGAAAGAGAGAGGGGCAUGCACAGAGACAUGCUACCCACGCACUCUGGCACCGCAGGGAGGAACACAGAGAAAGAGGGUAUAACCUCGACCCUUCUGUGCUGCCUGCCUAUCCUUGCUGUGGAGGAGGAGGAGGAAGGGGGACCAGGAGGACAGAGAGAAAGCACCUAUCCAUUUUCCAGGUCACACCUCAAGCUCCGCGCUAGGGAGGCAGAGCUCUCUCCCUUCCCACAGCAUCCUUCCCUGCGGAAGAGGUAGAAACCCACACUUAUGCACUGGGGCUAGAGACACCCCUCUUUGUCCCCACCCCCACAUUCCAUCCCCUCAAGCACUAAGGAUGGAUAAAGAAAGACCCUUGUUCUGCCAUGUAUUCAGAAUAGAUUAUUUUUGGUUUAUAUAAGGGAGAGUGGAAAUGGAGAUGGGAACAAAAAAUAGUUAACAGCAGCAAAGGCUUCCUAGCUACACUUGUGUACCCAGCCACCCAGUCAUCCUGCGCUGGGCACAGACAGAGCUUUUGAUAAAACAACCAUUCCACCUCUGUGCUUGCCCCUCCCCUGUCAACACAUUUGUGACAGAAAUACUGCUCCCUAGGUACAUUGAUUUUUUUUUUCCCCUUUUAAAUCUCUCUUCAGUCUCCAGUUUCAUGUUAUUCUCUGCUGUGGGUGGAUACAACCUCCCACUAUUCCAGUUCUCCACUGCACUGAGACUAGCGAUAGCUACAGCCUCCCCUUUUGUCAGUAUGUUUCCAUGUCAUCCUGCACUAUGGGUAAUGGAAAAGUCCAGGCACUCCAUUCUGUCUCCCCAUCUCUCCACUGGAGAUGAAAACACCAUUUCCUCCUCCUGUCUCUGUGGGGGCUGGACACAGACCCCACUCUCUUAAGCCUUCCUGUGCACUGGGGGACUCAGAGAGUUGCUGAGACUUGUCUUCCCUUUCAUCAUUCUCUCUUUCCCCCCCCUCCUCCUCCUUGGCAACAGGGAUAGACAUAUCCAGCCACAUAUCCAUUCUUCUCUGGGUUGGGGGUGAGCAGGUAGAAGGGAGUUCUCGCUCCUCUCUACCUGGGGGACAUGAGGAAGAAUCUCCAGCUUCAUUUCUGCUUCAUUUGAGAUACUGUGACCUGUUUUUAUUUUGAAAUGCAUAAAAAAAAUUACUGCUACAAAAACAGCCUCUUACUCUCCCAUCUAGCCCUUGCUUACAUACUGUAAUUGAUCCCAGUUUUCCUCACUCAUUCUCCCCUUUACAGUAUUCAUUUUCUUACAUGGUUUUAUUUUUAAAGACAUAUGAAGUUGCUGUUCUUGUGGAUUUUUAAGUACUUUUUUUUCUGCUGAAUAUAUUCUAUAUAUAUAAAUAUAUAUAUGAUGUCUGGCUACCUCGUUUUAAUUUGUUACUUUUUUUUUUUUUUUCCCCUCCUCAAAAGCCCUGGAAUUCUUACAGGAAAGAGAUUUUGAGACUGAAACAUUUUUGUGCCUAGACUGGAAUAAUACCCCUUGGGUUUGUUAUUAUUUUAUCCCCUCCUCUGCCCCCCCCCUUUUUAAAUUUUUUUUUUUUUAAUUUUUAUUUUUGUUUUUAGGCUUACCCUACUGUGUCCCACCUCCACAUUCUGGUUGUGCCU